AGCACGCAGGCGCGGCACGCCCCGCGCAUGCCUGGUGCAAAGAGUCCGCAGGUCGGGCGGUAGCGUCAGGCCAGUGCUGCGGCCGGAGCAGCCAGUGUCCGGCAUGAAGGUCUGGGGUCUGGCUGCUGCUUACUCCUUGCUCCAGCACCAUGGAAUGCCUGCGCAGUUUGCCCUGCCUCCUGCCCCGCGCGAUGAGACUACCCCGCCGGACGCUGUGUGCCCUGGCCUUGGACUUGACCUCUGUGGCUCCUCCCGUUGCUGCUUCCGGCCGCCGAGCCAACCUGAUUGGAAGGAGCCGGGCGGCGCAGCUUUGCGAGCCGGGGCGGCUCCGCGUGGCAGGUGAAGUGCACCGGUUUAGAACUUCUGACGUCUCUCAAGCCACUUUAGCCAGUGUAGCCCCAGUAUUUACUGUGACAAAAUUUGACAAACAGGGAAACGUUACUUCUUUUGAAAGGAAGAAAACUGAAUUAUACCAAGAGUUAGGUCUUCAAGCCAGAGAUUUGAGAUUUCAGCAUGUAAUGAGUAUCACAGUCAGAAACAAUAGGAUUAUCAUGAGAAUGGAGUAUUUGAAAGCUGUGAUAACUCCAGAGUGUCUUCUGAUAUUAGAUUAUCGUAAUUUAAACUUAGAGCAAUGGCUGUUCCGGGAACUCCCUUCACAGUUGUCUGGAGAGGGUCAACUCGUUACAUACCCUUUACCUUUUGAGUUUAGAGCUAUAGAAGCACUCCUGCAAUAUUGGAUCAACACCCUUCAGGGGAAACUUAGCGUUUUGCAGCCACUGAUCCUUGAGACCUUGGAUGCUUUGGUGGACCCCAAACAUUCUUCUGUAGACAAAAGCAAACUGCACAUUUUACUACAGAAUGGCAAAAGUCUAUCAGAGUUAGAAACAGAUAUUAAAAUUUUCAAAGAGUCAAUUUUGGAGAUCUUGGAUGAGGAAGAGUUGCUAGAAGAGCUCUGUGUAUCAAAAUGGAGUGAUCCACAAGUCUUUGAAAAGAGCAGUGCUGGGAUUGACCAUGCAGAAGAGAUGGAGUUGCUGUUAGAAAACUACUACCGAUUGGCUGACGAUCUCUCCAAUGCAGCUCGCGAGCUUAGGGUGCUGAUUGAUGAUUCACAAAGCAUUAUUUUCAUUAAUCUGGACAGCCACCGUAACGUGAUGAUGAGGUUGAAUCUACAGCUGACCAUGGGAACCUUCUCUCUUUCGCUCUUUGGACUAAUGGGAGUUGCUUUUGGAAUGAAUUUGGAAUCUUCCCUUGAAGAGGACCAUAGAAUUUUUUGGCUGAUUACAGGAAUUAUGUUCAUGGGAAGUGGCCUCAUCUGGAGGCGUCUGCUUUCAUUCCUUGGACGACAGCUAGAAGCUCCAUUGCCUCCUAUGAUGGCCUCUUUACCUAAAAAGACGCUUCUGGCAGAUAGAAGCAUGGAACUGAAAAACAGCCUCAGACUGGAUGGACUUGGAUCAGGAAGGAGCAUCCUAACAAACCGUUAAGAACAGCCCCGUGGAUACUGAAGUGUUUUUUUAUGGUAGUCACAGGAAACUUCUGAUACUCUUUUUAUUAUUUUCUUGUAUAGAGUCAGACACUUGAAAAAAAUUAAUGUUUGAAGACAAAAAUAUUUUGGCAGUCACAAUACCAGAACUGGAUUACAUUUCCAGAAUUCUGAGUUAAAGAAACAAAGUAUUUGCUUUGUAAAAGGCCAAAAUUCUAUUUCCUACAAACUUUAAAUGCUGUUUUUAUAGAUGUGAUAUGAGGCAACACAAGCACAGACAGUUGCAUAGAUUUUAAUUUAUACAUAUCAAGAAAAGUGCAAUUUCAUGCUGAAUGAAGCGUAGGAACUUGACAAGCCCAUAGGUAGCUAUAGUUCUUUGUCAGUAUAGGGAAUUAUGUUCAUGUGAAUUUCCUGAUUCUCAGGUGACUAAAAAGCUAGCAUUCUAUGUAUUAACCUUACAACAGACUCUGGAAGUUUGAGCUUUAAAAACCAAACUUUGACAUAACCUUAUUUUCUUGUAUUUGCCCCCUUCUUUUUAAUAAAAGGUGAAUAAAAAGAAAUAAUUUAAUAUCA